GGACGCUGAUUGGUCCCCGCGCUCUCCCCUCACGGAGAGGGACGCGCAGCGGGGCCGGUCUCGGGGCCGGUGUCGGUGCCGGUGUCGGUGUCGGAGCCGGCGCCAUGGACGGGCCGGAGUCCGGGGCGCAGUUCCGCGCCGCCGUCCAGGUGAUCCAGGGGCUGCCCCGGAGCGGUUCGUACCGACCGUCCUAUGAGGAGAUGCUGCGUUUCUACAGCUACUACAAGCAGGCGACAGCGGGGCGCUGCCAGGGCCCCAGGCCCGGCUUCUGGGACCCCAUCGGCCGGUACAAGUGGGACGCCUGGCACAGCCUGGGCAGGAUGUCCAAGGAGGAGGCGAUGGCUGCGUACGUGGCCGAGAUGAAGAAGGUGGCCCAGAAGAUCAUUGACACGGUGCCCAUGGACGAGAUGACGGAGGAGAUGUUCAAGUACUUUGAGCCGCUCUACGAGGUGAUCCAUGACAUGCCUCGGCCCCCCGAGGCGUUCUUCAAGAGAAAAGGGGGCAGCCGGGAGCCGACGGCCGAGCCCGGGCAGGAUGAGCCAGCGAGCAGCCCGGCUCUGGAGCACCCCGAAGAUGCUGUGUCCGUGGAGCAGGAUGAGCAACACGCGCCAGGAGGUGGGCUGGCUCCUGCCGCCGAGGUGCACCAGGGUCACCAGGUGACCAGCGACUCCGAGGGGGACGUGUACUGCGAUUCCCUGGAGCAGAUGGAGCCAGAGCAGGCUGGGCAGCCGCUGGGUCUGUCCCCGACCAGCGUCAUGGCCGGGCCUGAGCCCCCGGUGCCCCGCGGUGCUGGGCAGGGCGAGCGGGGCGAAGGCAGAAGACGCGCGGGCAGGAGCAGCGUUGGCCCUGCAGCCCGUGGCUCCCAGAGAGAUCCGUGCCUCGCUGGGGGGGAGCAGGAUGCCGGGAGUGUCCCCGAGCUGUCCCUGGAGCUGCCGCCGGAGCUGGAGGCCCAUGUGGCCAGCACCGUCCGGGCACUGCAGAAUGACAUGCAGCGAGUGCUGGAGCGUCUGAGCGAGCUGGAGACGCUCACUACCGGGCAGGGGGACACCGCUGGGACUGAUCCAGGCCAGCCACAUGCUCUGCAGGAAACGUCCCCGUGGCCCUUGGCCGUCUCCCCACGCACCCUCCUCUUCCUCCUCACUUGGCCUUUCGUCACCCAGUGGCUGCUACGCCGCUGGCAGGGCAGGAAGAGGUGACCGCUGUGUCCCCACUGCCACCGCUCUUUCCCCAUCCUGCUUGUCACGAGCUGGGGAAGCGUCCACGGGAUCAACAGGGGUGUCACCUCACCCAGCUGGGACCCCAGCCCCGCCGAAGGGGCAGCCACCGCGCACCGAUUGUCACCGUCACGCUCAGGGUCUCGCCAGCACCGCCAGGAUGGCGAAGGGACCGGCCGCCCGUCGGGGGUGGAUCGUCCCCACGCCCCAAAUGGGAUCUGGGGGGAUCCCCUCGCUGCUGCGCACAGGGGGACACCACGGGGACACUGUCACUGCCCCUGUCCCCACAGACCGGGUGCAUCAAGCACUUGGACAUCUGAACCUGCCUGAAUUAAAGUUGCCUUUGCAGCCCA